UUUACUUCUUCUUUUCUAAACCUUCUUUACGAGAAAAGAGUGUAUUUCUUGUUAUUACUAUUAUUUUGCACGUAAAGUUAAAGAAGGAUUAAAGAAAGAAGUAUUCAUUUAUAUCAUCAUAUACCAUAUCAUAUAUUAUAUAUCUUAAAAAAAAAUAACAAACUAUGCUUGACGAGGAAACCUCUCUUCCCCCGUCCACCGCAAUUGCUACUCCAGGUGCAACAGAAGCUUUGUUGACCUUUGAUUACCAAAAAUUGCAAGAGUACUUUGAACAAUUGCUUCCUCUUGUAUUAGAUGCUGAUGUGACUGAUCUGGAAAAUACCUUGUUCUCAUAUCCUGAUACUAUGGAGAGACUCAAGCGGUUUGCUAACGAUCCUCAAACACCUGUCAUCUUUGUUAUGAAAGAAAAAGAAGGUGGUAAAGAUGAUGAAGACGCGACUACGCCUCAAACUUUCUCUUAUACUGUAUCUCAUGAAAUCACCUAUCUUCCUACACAUGUGGGCUCUUUGGCUAUUAUUAAGCGUUUGCCCACAUUAGACCCUACAAGACCACUUCAGAACCAGCUACAAUUGAUCAAUUUGCCUGGUGCACCCAACUCGGCUGAACCUGGUCAAACAAGUGCUUAUGAAUUCUUGCACUCUUACAUUCAUUUAGCUGUCAGUCCUUACUUUAAUGCCUAUGUCAAUGCUCGUCAUGGUAAAUCAAACGAAGUAAGCUCUUCCAAGAGCAAAAACGAAGAUAACAAAAUGGGUGUACCCAUGGCCAAGAAGAAGAUGGCUGAAUUGGAAUUGAGUUUGCUCCACUUGCAACAAAACGUCGAAAUCCCAGAGAUUUCACUCAACAUUCACCCAGUAGUUCAAAAGGCUGUUGACAAGUGUCGAGAACAAAGCAAGCGUGUUACUGUUGAAGCUGUUGAUCCUACUUUGUUUUCUGAUUCAUCUUUUCUCAACAAACUCCAAGGUGAUGUGAAUGGUUGGAUUAAAGAAAUUCAAAAAGUUACCAAGAUGUCUCGAGACCCUGCUAGCGGUACAGCUAUUCAAGAAAUCAAUUUCUGGUUGAGUAUGGAAAGAGCAUUGGAAAAGAUUGAUGAGCAACUCAAGAGUGAUCAAAUCACCCUCACUUUGGAUAUCUUGAAGCAUGCUAAACGUUUCCAUGCUACCGUCAGUUUCAUUGCUGAUACUGGUCUCAAGGAAGGCAUGGAGCUUGUACACAAAUACAAUCAGUUGAUGAAAGAUUUCCCCUUGAAUGAACUCUUGUCAGCUACUGACUUGGAUAAAAUUAGAGAAUCCUUACAUAUGAUUUUCGGUCAUCUUAACAAAAAGCUUAAAUUAUCGCCUUAUCCUAUUCGACGUGCUUUACCUCUCGUAGAAGCUAUUUCUAGAGAUUUGAAUGAUCAGCUGCUCAAGGUGCUCGGUAGUCGUCGUAUGAUGUACAUGGAAUAUGAAGAUUUUGAACGCACUACAGCGGGUGCAGAAUCUGUUUUUCAUACCUGGGAUGAUUUGAUCAAAGAAUUCACCAAUGUUGCCCGUGAUGUAACCCGAAAGCGUUCUGAGAAGUUCCUGCCUAUCAAGAUCAACCCAGCCCAUGCUAAAUUACAAGAAAGAGUGACAUUUGUUCGUGCUUUCCGUAAACAGCAUGAGCAACUUCAUCAAACCAUUGUGCGUGUCAUGACCAGCCCUCGUGCUAAAAAGGCUACUGUUGUCAUUGACGGCCAAGUGAAGAGCGUCAUGGAAGAAGAGGAGAGUGUUAGUAUCAGUGAUAUUAAUGCAGUAGAAGAAGUCAAAUUGGCUUAUGAAAGCGUCAAGAACAUUGAUGUACUUGAUGUCUCUCCUGAGGGUACAGAAAUUUGGGUGCAAGCAGAGACUGCUUACAAUGAACGUGUGUCUCGUGUUGAAAACCAAAUCAUUGCUCGUUUGCGCGAUCGUCUAGGAACAGCUAAAAGUGCCAAUGAAAUGUUCCGAGUCUUCAGUAAAUUUAAUGCACUUUUUGUGAGACCCAAGAUUCGUGGUGCUAUUCAAGAAUACCAGACACAGUUAAUUGAUAGUGUCAAAGAAGACAUUAACAAACUCCAUGACAAGUUCAAAAUGCAAUACAGAAAUUCAGAAGCAUAUCAUAUGGCUCAAUUGCGUGAUUUACCUCCUAUUUCUGGUGCUAUCAUUUGGGCUCGUCAAAUUGAUCGUCAAUUGUCAUUGUACAUGAAGCGUGUUGAGGAUGUGCUUGGUAAGGGUUGGGAACUUUACGCUGAAGGUCAAAAGCUUCAGAUUGAAAGCAGUAGUUUUCGCAAGAAGCUUGAUACUCGUCUCAUCUAUGAAAACUGGCUUCAGGAAAUCACUAAGCGCGACUUGUCUGUCUCUGGUCGUAUCUUUGAGAUUUCUCGUAACCGUGUCCAAAAGAAUGCACUUCAGUUGGGUGUCAACUUUGAUGGUCAAAUCAUCACUUUGUUUAAAGAAGUCCGUAAUCUCUUGUGGCUUAAUUUCCAAGUGCCUCACACUAUUUCCAAUGUUGCUAAAGAUGCCAAACGUGUAUACCCCUUUGCUGUCAGCUUGAUGGAAACUGUCCGUACCUUCUCUCAAACUGUUCAUAAAGUCAACCGCAAUCCUGACAUCUCCACCUUGGUUGCUGGGUACCGUCAUGAAGUGCACAACAUGAUUACCAAAGGUAUCAAUUUGCGUUGGGACUAUUUUGUCAAUACCUAUGAUGCUCACCAUCGUCCAUUGUCAUUCAUGACUGGUACACCUUUGGAUGCUCGUGAAAAUCGUCAUGUCAUGUUUGUUCGUGAGUUUGCCAAUGUGGUCUCUGUCUUCCAAGACAAAGUGGAUGCUUUGAUCGGUUAUUAUGACGAUAUUACAAAGGGCGUUGAGGAAAUGAAGACAUGCUCAUAUCAAUCAGAACGGUUUGAAGAUUAUCUCGGUCGUGUUCAAAAACUCAUUGAUCGUCUCAACUUGGAAAACUACUCUAAUCUUGACCAAUGGGUAGCAGGCUUAGAUAAACGUAUUGAAUCUGUCUUGAUCUCUCGUUUACAAGAAGCCAUCAAGUCUUGGACAAAUGCUUUCAUGGGCAUUACCUUUGAAGAUGUCGUUGUUCCUGAACCCAGUGUUUCUAAGAGCAGACGUAAGAGAAAGGCCGCCAAUGGUACACUUCGUGAUACUGCUGCUGCUGAGGAAACUGCCCUUGUUCAACAACAACAAAAGUUCCCUGAUGUUAAGCCUGCACUUCAAACAUUGGUACAUGAGAUUCGUAUUCGUAACCAACUCAUGUAUCUUGAUCCUCCUAUUGAACAAGCUCGUACUAGCUGGUGGUUUCAACUCCACGACUGGCUUGCUGUUGUUUGUCACUUGCCUCGUAUUCAAAGUUCUCGUUAUGAAGGCGGUCUUAGUGUUAAAGAUAACCCAUCCAUAGAAAAGACAUAUUCUAGCUUAUUGACUCGUAUGGGCGACAAUUCUCUUGAAUAUGCUUAUCAAAUUGUGGAAGAUAAGAUUCGUCAAGUAUCUGACUAUGUCAAUAUUUGGCUUCAAUAUCAAUCUCUUUGGGAUUUGGAAUCAAGUCACGUCUUUAGCAUCCUUGAAGAUGACCUUAGUAAAUGGCAACAAAUUCUGUUGGAAAUCAAAAAAGCUCGCUCUACCUUUGACAAUUCAGAGACUGAACAGUCCUUUGGUCCUCUUGUGAUUGACUAUGAACAAGUACAAAGCAAGGUCAAUCAAAAAUACGAUCAAUGGCAACGUGAAAUCCUGAAUAAGUUUGGUGCAUUGUUGGGCACAUCCAUGAAGGACUUCCACACCAAUGUAUCUAAGGCUCGUUAUGAAUUAGAACAACAGUCUAUUGAAAGUAACUCUACAGGUGAAGCAGUAACAUUCAUUACCUUUGUUCAAGACUUGAAGCGUAAGGUUGCCAAGUGGAAUCAAGAUGUGGAUCUUUUCAGACAAGGUCAAAAGACUUUGGAGCGUCAACGAUUCCAAUUCCCUAACGACUGGGUCUAUGUGGACCAAGUGGAUGGUGAAUGGAGUGCUUUCAAUGAAAUCUUAAGCAGAAAGAACAAUGCCAUUCAAGAACAAAUUGCCGGUUUACAAAUGAAGAUCGUUGCCGAAGACAAAGUUGUCGAACAAAAGAUUCGUGACAUUUGUGCUGAAUGGGAAAAGACCAAGCCUGUUCAAGGAGACAUCAAACCCGAUAUUGCUACCAACACUUUGUCCAUCUUUGAAGGUCGUGUUACUCGUCUCAAGGAAGAAUAUGACAUGGUAUGUCGUGCUAAAGAAGCUUUGGAUCUGGAACAAACCUCAGAAGACCGCUUGGAUCCUGUUCUUGAAGAACUUAGAGACCUCAAGGGUGUCUGGACAGCACUUGCUCGUGUUUGGCAAUCUGUUUAUGAAAUUCGUGAUACACCAUGGUCUUCUGUUGUACCCAGAAAGGUCCGUCAACACAUUGAUGAACUGGUCAACUCUACCAAAGAAAUGCCCAAUCGUAUGCGUCAAUAUGCUGCUUAUGAGUACAUGCAAGAUACCUUGCGUCAACUUUUGCGUGUCAAUCCUCUUGUGGGUGACCUCAAAUCAGAAGCUCUUCGCGAACGUCACUGGCGUCAAAUUUUCAAGUCACUUCGUGUUGAAGGUCGUUUUACUUUAUCUGAAAUGACUAUUGGUCAUUUGUGGGAUCUUGAUUUGAAACGUAACGAAGCUGUUAUUAAGGAAGUUAUUAUGCAAGCUCAAGGUGAAAUGGCUUUGGAAGAAUUCUUGAAGCAAAUCAAGGAAACCUGGACUGGUUACGUUUUGGACCUUGUCAAUUACCAAAACCGUUGUCGCUUGAUUCGUGGUUGGGAUGAUUUGUUUAACAAGUCGAGUGAACAUAUCAACUCUUUGACUGCCAUGAAGUUGUCACCUUAUUACAAGGUAUUUGAAGAAGAUGCUUCUGCUUGGGAAGACAAAUUGAACCGUGUCCAUGUCUUGUUUGAUGUCUGGAUUGAUGUUCAACGUCAAUGGGUCUACUUGGAAGGUAUCUUUAGUGGUAACGUUGAUAUCAAACAUUUGCUCCCUGUUGAAACUUCUCGUUUCCAAAGUAUCAACACUGAAUUUUUGACCGUUAUGAAGAAGGUGUACAAGUCUCCAUUCAUCAUGGAUGUACUUAAUAUCCCCAAUAUCCAAAAGUCAUUGGAACGUCUUGCUGAAUUGCUCAGUAAGAUUCAAAAAGCUCUUGGUGAAUACCUUGAACGUGAACGUUCUUCUUUCCCUCGUUUCUACUUUGUGGGUGAUGAAGAUUUGCUUGAAAUUAUUGGUAACAGUAAAGAUAUUUUGCGUAUUCAAAAACAUUUCAAGAAGAUGUUUGCUGGUAUUGCUACUAUCACUAUGGAUGAGGAGCAAACAUGCAUUACUGGUAUGGCUUCAAAAGAAGGUGAAGAAGUCAUGUUCAAGACACCUGUUAAUGUCAAAGAAAACCCAAGAAUCAAUGACUGGCUCACUCUUCUUGAAAAAGAAAUGCGUGUAUCUCUUGCCUUGUUGCUGAAUGAUGCUGUGACUGAACUAGAGACCAUUUACAAUGCUGAAGAAAUGAGCUCUCCUGACUUUAUGGAAUGGAUUGAUCGUUACCCUGCUCAAUUGGUUGUGUUGGCUGCUCAAAUCAUCUGGACUCAAUCUGUUGAUAAGGCUUUGACCACCAUGAGUGAAUCAGCUGCAGGCGACGAAGCUCCUAUUUCACACUCUAUUAUGCUUAUUGAAAGAAACCUGAAUAUUUUGGCUGAUGCAGUAUUGCUUGACUUGAACGCUAUCAAGCGCAGAAAGUGUGAACACUUGGUAACUGAACUUGUCCACCAGCGUGAUGUUACCCGUCAAUUAGCUGCUGACAAUAUUUCUUCACCUAAAGAUUUCAACUGGCUUUACCACAUGCGUUUCUACUUUAAUCAUGCAGUUGAGAAUCCUAUUGAGCGAUUAACAAUUAAUAUGGCUAAUGCUCAGUUCUUCUAUGGAUACGAAUACCUCGGUGUCGUCGAUCGUCUUGUCCAAACACCAUUGACUGAUCGUUGUUACUUGACCUUGACUCAAGCCUUGGAGCAAAAACUUGGUGGUUCACCCUUUGGUCCUGCCGGUACUGGUAAGACUGAAUCUGUCAAAGCCUUAGGUGUUCAACUGGGUCGCUUUGUUCUCGUCUUUUGUUGUGAUGAAACAUUCGAUUUCCAAGCUAUGGGUCGUAUUUUUAUUGGUCUUUGUCAAGUUGGUGCUUGGGGUUGUUUCGAUGAAUUUAAUCGUCUUGAAGAACGUAUCUUGUCUGCUGUUUCUCAACAAGUUCAGACUAUUCAAUUGGGUCUGAAGGAGGCUACUGUCAAUCCUAACCAUGAAAUUGAAUUAGUCGGUCGCAAUGUUCGUGUUAACACUGAUACUGGUAUCUUCAUCACCAUGAACCCUGGUUAUGCUGGUCGUUCCAAUUUACCUGAUAAUUUGAAGAAGUUGUUUAGAAGUAUGGCUAUGACCAAGCCUGAUCGUGAACUGAUUGCUCAAGUCAUGCUUUACUCUCAAGGUUUCCGUACUGCUGAAAUUUUGGCUUCCAAGGUCGUGCCAUUGUUCAACUUGUGUGCUGAACAACUUUCACCUCAAUCUCACUAUGAUUUCGGUUUGCGUGCAUUGAAGAGUGUCCUAGUCAGUGCUGGUAAUCUGAAGCGUGACCGUUUGACUUCACUUCGUCAAUCGAUUGAAGAAGGUCAAGCUGAUCAAUCCGAAUAUACCAAGAUUUCUGAACCUAUUCCUGAACAACAAUUGUUGAUUUCCAGUAUCCGUGAAACUGUAGAGCCUAAGCUUGUUGCUGAUGAUAUUCCAUUGUUAACAAGUUUGCUUGCUGAUGUAUUCCCUGGCGUCCAUUAUGCACCUGUCAAUUUGGAUCGUCUUAAAGAAGAACUACGCAAGGUCUGCGAGGAACGCCGUUAUGUUCCUGGAGAUGCUUGGAUGGACAAGGUCAUUCAAUUGUAUCAAAUCCAGAAUAUUCACCACGGUCUCAUGAUGGUUGGUCCCUCAGGUGCUGGUAAAUCUACUGCUUGGAAAACUCUCUUGACUGCUCUUGAGCGCGUAGAGGGUGUUGAAGGUGUUGCUUAUACCAUUGACCCCAAGGCUAUUCCAAAAGAUGCUCUUUAUGGUACUUUGGAUUCUACUACCCGUGAAUGGACAGAUGGUUUGUUUACACAUAUUCUUCGUAAAAUUGUUGAUAACGUUCGUGGUGAAAGUCAAAAGCGACACUGGAUCAUUUUCGAUGGUGAUGUGGAUCCUGAAUGGGUUGAAAACUUGAACUCUGUGCUUGAUGAUAACCGUUUGUUAACACUACCCAAUGGUGAACGUCUCAAUUUGCCACCUAACGUUCGUAUCAUGUUUGAAGUGGAAACAUUGAAAUAUGCUACUUUGGCUACUGUUUCUCGUUGCGGUAUGGUUUGGUUCAGUGAAGAUAUCAUUACUUUGUCUAUGAUUUUCUCUAACUACCUUGAGACAUUGCGCAACAUCCCUAUGGAUGAGAUUGAAGAAGAAGGACCUAGUUCCCAACGCACCUCUGAAAACAAAAACACUUCUGCUGAAGAUGGUACUUCCAUUUCUCCCAAUCUUGCUGCUCAACGUUCCAUUGCUGCUAUCAUGGCUCCUGAUCUUUCUGACGAAAACUGUUUGGUUGCCAAGUGCUUGGACUAUGCUUUUACCUUAGAGCACAUCAUGGACUUUACUCGUAUGCGUGUGCUCUCAACUUUCUUUUCUUUGCUUAACAAGACUGUCAGAAAUGUCCUUGAAUAUAACUCUCAGCAUCCUGAUUUCCCUAUGACAGGUGAUCACUUGGAAGGUUAUAUUCAAAAGCGUGUAAUUUAUGCUAUCAUUUGGAGUUUCUCUGGUGAUGCUAAACUUGAACUUCGUACUGUGCUUGGUGAUUUCAUUCGUGGUGUCACCACCUACGAAUUGCCUCCUGCCACUGAAAACUCAAGCAUUAUUGAUUAUGAUAUUGCUGUCAGCAGUGGACAAUGGAUUCCUUGGGAAUCUAAGGUGCCUGUAGUGGAAAUCGAAACACACAAGGUUGCAGAUGCUGAUAUGAUUAUUCCUACUGUGGAUACUGUCCGUCAUGAAGAAGUUCUUUAUUCUUGGUUGUCUGAACACAAGCCUCUUAUUCUUUGUGGUCCUCCUGGUUCUGGUAAGACCAUGACUUUGUUCAGUGCAUUGCGUAAACUUCCUGAUAUGGAGGUUGUCGGCCUCAACUUCUCCAGUGCAACAACACCUGAAUUGAUUCUCAAGACAUUUGAACAACACUGUGAAUACAGAAAGACACCCAAUGGUGUUAUCUUGUCACCUACCAUGAUUGGUCGUUGGCUUGUUGUCUUUUGUGAUGAAAUCAACUUGCCUGCUACUGAUAAAUACUUUACUCAACGUGUUAUUUCUUUCCUCAGACAAUUAGUUGAAUACAAUGGUUUCUGGAGAACCUCGGACAAAUCAUGGGUUUCUUUGGAACGCAUUCAAUUUGUGGGUGCUUGUAAUCCUCCUACUGAUCCAGGUCGUGUUCCCCUCUCUCAUCGUUUCUUGCGUCAUGCUCCUCUUGUCAUGGUGGAUUAUGCUGGUCAAUUGUCACUGAUGCAAAUUUACGGUACUUUCACUAGAGCCAUGCUCAAAGUAGUGCCUAAUUUGCGUGGUUACUCUGAAGCACUUACGGGUGCUAUGGUUGAUCUCUACUUGGCCUCUCAAAAGCGCUUUACACCAGAUAUUCAAGCUCAUUAUAUCUAUUCUCCUCGUGAAUUGACACGUUGGGUACGUGGUAUUUAUGAAGCUAUCAAGCCUUUAGAAACCUUGACUGUGGAAGGUUUGGUGCGUAUUUGGGCUCAUGAAGCUUUACGUCUUUUCCAAGAUCGUUUGGUUGAUGAAGAGGAACGCAAAUGGACUGAUGAUAUGAUUGAUUCUAUUGCUAUGAAGCAUUUCCCUGCUCUUAACCAGGAAGAAGCCCUUGAACGUCCUAUUCUGUUCUCCAACUGGCUGUCUAAGCAUUAUAUUCCUGUGAAGCGUGAGCAGUUGCGUGACUUUGCUAAGGCACGUCUCAAGGUCUUUUAUGAAGAAGAAUUGGAUGUCGCUCUUGUUCUCUUUAACGAUGUGCUUGAACAUGUCCUUCGUAUUGAUCGUGUGUUUAGACAACCUCAAGGUCACUUACUGUUGAUUGGUGUCAGUGGUUCCGGCAAGACCACCUUGUCGCGUUUUGUUGCUUGGAUGAACGGCUUAAGUGUCUUCCAAAUCAAGGCUCACAACAAAUAUACGGGUGCAGAUUUUGACGACGAUCUUCGUACUGUUCUUCGUCGUGCUGGUUGUAAGGGUGAGAAGAUUUGUUUCAUUAUGGAUGAAUCAAACGUACUUGACUCGGGUUUCUUGGAACGUAUGAAUACCCUUUUAGCAAACGCUGAAGUUCCCGGCUUGUUUGAAGGUGAUGAAUAUGCUUCGCUUAUGACUGCAUGUAAAGAAGGUGCUCAACGUGAUGGUUUGAUGCUUGAUUCUAAUGAAGAACUUUACAAAUGGUUUACUCAACAAGUGAUGCGUAACUUGCACGUCGUUUUUACUAUGAAUCCUCCAGAAGGCGGUCUUGCUUCUCGUGCGGCUACUUCACCCGCCUUGUUCAAUCGUUGUGUUCUUGACUGGUUUGGUGACUGGCCUGAUCAAGCUUUCUAUCAAGUUGGUAUUGAAUUCACAAAGACCUUGGAUCUUGAUGUUCCCAACUAUGGUGCUCCUCUUAAUUUCCCUAUUGCUUACCGUAACUUACCUAUUCCUCCUAGUCAUCGUGAAGCUGUUGUCAAUGCACUUGUGUAUGUUCAUCAAUCGCUUUAUGAAAUCAAUUCUAAGCUCAGUAAGCGUCAAGGUCGCCAUAAUUAUGCUACACCUCGUCACUUCCUUGAUUUUAUCUCUCACUAUGUCCGUCUGUACAAUGAAAAGCGUGAAGAUUUGGAAGAACAACAACGCCAUCUUAACGUUGGUUUAGAGAAGCUAAAGGAUACUGUUAUCAAGGUUGAAGAAUUGAGAAAGAGUCUUGCUAUCAAGAAGAACCAGCUUGAGAUGAAGCAGAACCAAGCUAAUGAAAAGAUCAAGCAAAUGUUGGCUGAUGAAAAGGAAGCCGAACAAAAGAAGGCCGACUCACUUCAAAUCAAGGCCAAUCUGAAGAUUCAAAACAAGGAAAUUGAAGCACGUCGUCAUGUUGUAGAUCAUGACUUGGCUAAUGCUGAACCUGCAGUGAAGGAAGCAGAACAAAGUGUCAGAAGUAUUAAGAGACAGCAUUUGACUGAAGUGCGUUCUAUGGGUAAUCCUCCCGAAGCUGUCAAGCUUACUAUGGAAUCUGUCUGUACUAUGCUUGGCCACAAAAUUGAUAGUUGGAAAACUGUCCAAAGUAUUAUUCGUCGUGAUGAUUUCAUUUCAAGCAUUGUCAACUACAACACAGAAGGACAAAUUACCAAGCAAUUGCGUUCACACAUGCGUCAAAAUUUCCUUAGUAAUCCUAACUUUGAAUAUGAUAUGGUUAACCGUGCCUCCAAGGCUUGUGGUCCUCUUUUCAAAUGGGUUACUGCUCAAGUCAACUUCUCUGAAAUCUUGGAUCGUGUUGGCCCUCUUCGUGAAGAACUGAAUCAGCUCCAACAAAGUUCUGAAGACACCAAGAACCAAGCUCUUGAAAUUGAACAAAUGAUUGUUGAUCUCGAAAAAAGUAUUGGUCGUUACAAGGACGAAUAUGCUGCACUUGUGGGCGAAACUCAAUUGAUUAAGUCCGAAAUGGAGCGCGUCAAGUUUAAGGUGGAUCGUAGUAUUACUCUUCUUAGUUCCUUGUCUUCUGAAAAGGUACGUUGGGAAUCUGCUAGUCAAGCAUUUGAAAGUCAAAUGGGUACUAUUGUGGGUGACGUCCUUUUGGCUGCUGCAUUCAUGGCUUACGGUGGUUACUUUGAUCAACAAUACCGUGAUAUUCUCAUGCAAAAAUGGAUGGAUCAUCUCUCUGCUGCCAACAUUCAAUUCAAGCAUGAAGUGUCUUUAACUGAAUACUUGUCUACUGCCGAUGAUCGUCUUUCAUGGCAAGCAAACUCUCUUCCUGCUGAUCAACUCUGUAUUGAGAAUGCCAUCAUGCUCAAGCGUUUCGACAGAUAUCCUUUGAUCAUUGAUCCCUCUGGUCAAGCAACCAAUUUCUUGAUUAAUGAGUAUAAAGAUCGCAAGAUUACAGUCACUAGUUUCUUGGACGAUUCAUUCAUCAAGAACCUUGAAAGUGCUUUACGUUUCGGUAACCCUAUUCUUAUUCAAGAUGUGGAACACCUUGAUCCUAUCUUGAACCCUGUCCUUAACAAGGAACUUCGUCGUACGGGUGGUCGUGUGUUGAUUCGUUUGGGUAGUCAGGAUAUCGAUUUCUCACCAGCAUUUACGUUGUUCCUUUCCACUCGUGAUCCUUCAGUCAACUUUGCACCUGAUAUUUGUUCUCGCGUCACCUUUGUUAACUUUACUGUCACCCGUGGCAGUUUGCAAAGUCAAUGUUUGAACAAGGUGCUCAAGGCAGAAAGACCUGAUGUAGAUCAAAAGCGUACUGAUUUGAUUAAAUUACAAGGUGAAUUUCAACUCAAACUUCGUCAUCUUGAAAAAUCAUUGUUACAAGCCUUGAAUGAGUCAAAGGGUAAUAUUUUAGAUGAUGACAAGGUGAUUGAUACGCUUGAGACAUUGAAGAAAGAAGCUGCUGAAAUUACUCGCAAGGUAGAUGAGACCAAUACUGUUAUGCAAGAAGUAGAACAAACAACUGCUAUUUACACUCCUUUGGCCUCUGCAUGUAGUUCCAUUUUCUUUGCUAUGGAGCAACUCAAUUUGAUCAACCACUUUUAUCAAUUCUCUCUUGAUUUCUUCUAUGAAAUCUUUGAAUAUGUUAUUCAUGCCAAUCCUAACUUGAAGGGUGUGACUGAUCCUAUUGAUCGCCUGGAAAUCCUCUCUCGCGAUCUGUUCUCUGCUGCCUACAAACGUGCUUCUCGUACCUUGGUACAUGAAGACUACACUAUGUAUGCUGUCUUGCUUUGUCAAAUCCGUAUUCGCGGUGCACAAGAGAAUGUAGAUGAAACUGAAUACGAUUUCUUGCUAAGUGGAGGUGAUGUCAUUGUUGGCUCGACAAUAACAGCUGCUAGUUUGAGCCUUCCUAGUUUCAUUUCUGAUGAAACAGCCCAACGCGUCAAGGAAUUCGCUACACUUGCUUGCUUCAGUCGAUUGAUUGAUCAUGUUGCUAUGAAUGAAAAUGAAUGGAAGACAUUUAUGGAACAUCCUCAACCAGAAACAGUUGUUCCUUUGUGCUGGGAAAAUGCUGGAAGUAAUCCUUCCAUGGAUUCGUUGCGUAAGAUGCUAGUGAUCAAGUGCUUUAGACCUGAUCGUCUGUUACCUGCUGCUACCAUUUUUGCUUCUGAAAUCUUUGAUUCUGAAUUUAUGAACACGGGUGAAUUAAACUUGCAACAAAUUGUUUCAGAAGAAGUAGGCAGUUCUACACCCUUGGCUCUUUGUUCUGUUCCAGGUUAUGAUGCCAGUUACCGUGUAGACAAUUUGGUCUCUGAAAGUAACACGCGUUGUACUUCUGUUGCUAUGGGUUCUGCUGAAGGUUUUGCUUUGGCUGAUCAAGCUAUUUCAACUGCUGUCAAGACUGGUAACUGGGUCAUGCUCAAGAACGUUCACUUGGCUCCUUCUUGGCUUGGCCAACUUGAAAAGAAGCUGCAUAGCAUGAAGCCUCAUCGUAACUUCCGUCUCUUUUUGACAAUGGAAACAAACCCUAAGGUCCCUGUCAACCUUUUACAAUCACUUCGUAGUAUUCCUCCUUCUCGCUGGUCUCGUGGACCUACGGAGCGUGCUCGUCUUUACUUUAUGUUGGCAUGGUUGCAUGCUGUUGUUCAAGAGCGUCUUCGUUAUGUUCCUUUGGGCUGGACCAAGGUUUAUGAAUUCAACGACUCUGAUCAAGAUUCUGCUUUUAACACCAUUGAUAAAUGGUUAGAUUCCGCUUCGAGUGGAAGAGCCAAUAUUUCACCCGAGAAGAUUCCUUGGGAUGCUAUUCGCUCUCUCUUGAAACAAUCUAUUUAUGGUGGUAGAAUUGACAAUGAAUACGAUCAGCGUCUUUUGGAUUCCUUUGUCAACUCAUUGUUUACUCCCGAAUGUUACAAUAUUGACUUCAAGCUUGUUCAUGGUAGUGAUGAAGAUGAAAAGGGUGUGGUCGUACCUGAUGGAACUAAAAUGGAUCAAUUCAUGGACUGGGUCAACAAAUUGCCUGACCGUGAACCACCUACCUGGCUUGGUUUGCCCUCUAAUGCCGAGCGUGUAUUGUUGAUUUUGAAGGGUAACAAUAUGUUAUCCAAGGUUCGCAAGAUGAAGAGUCUAAGUGAUGAUGAUGAAGCUGCUUAUUCACAAGAGUCUGGUGCUACUAAGCAAGCUGCUGUCAAUAAUGCUCAGCCUGCUUGGAUGCGUGCUUUAAGUCAAUCUAUUACUAACUGGUUAGCUCUUUUACCUACCAACAUUAAGGCAAUGCAACGUGACAGCCAUGGUAUCAUGGACCCUCUUUUCCGUUUCUUUGAACGUGAAAACCAAAUUGCUCGUAAAUUACUCCAAAUCAUUCGCGAGGACUUGGUUUCGUUGCAAAAGGUGUGUCAAGGUGAACUGAAGCAAACCAACCACUUGAGACAAUUGAUGAAUUGGUUGAACAAGGGCUUGAUUCCUGAUCACUGGAAACGAUACAAGGUUCCCAAGAGUAUCUCCCUGAAUGCCUGGCUUGCUGAUUUGAAACUGCGUAUUGAACAAGUGGAAUCUCUUGCACAAGAAACAAGCUUUGAUCAAGUGGAAAUUGCUAUUGGUAGUUUGUUUACACCUGAAGCUUAUGUAACAGCUACUCGACAAGCAACAGCACAACGCUACCAAUGGUCUUUGGAAGAACUUGUAUUGGAUAUUGACAUUGGAAGCAGCAAGGAUAUGGACUCCUUGGGCUAUUCUAUUCGUGGUAUGAAGAUGGAAGGUGGUAAAUGGAAUGAAAAGGAAGUAGGCUUGACAUCAGAACCAAGCAGUAAAUUACCCAAGACAACGAUUCGAUGGAUCAGAAAAGAACAAAAACAAGCCAUUGAUAACAUGGUUGAAUUGCCAGUUUAUCUCAAUUCAGACAGAAGUGAUUUAUUGUUUACAAUCAGUGUUCCUGCUAAUGCCGAAGAAAGAGACAGAAUUCCACAAAGAGCAGUGGCUGUAGUCAUUUCAUUUUAA